AUGGCGAAGGUUGGGGAUGAAGCUCUCAGCCCCAGCAGCUGUCCCCCAUGGGAGGUGGCUGACCCGCUAUCUGGAGGACAAGCCCGCAGAGAAAGGCUCCCUGUACCCCUCACUCGCUCACGGCGGGACCAGCCCCCUGGCCGGGGCAGGAGGCGGCGCCGGGGUGUGGAGAGGGAAACUCCCCUGUGGCUCUCUGAGGAUGACCUCCAGAAGAUGCAGCUGCUGGCCAGUGGGCAGGUGGUCUCCAAGACCCGCAUACCUGCCCAUGGGCAAGUCAUGCGAGUGGGGCUGCAGCUCGUGGGAGAUGCCAAAGGGAAUGUCUUGCCAGCCAGCCCAGAGAGGGACUGCCAGGAUGGGCGCUGUGGGCUCAUCAAGCGCCCCGGGGACCUCUAUGAGGUGCUGGCCUUCCACCUGGACAGGGUGCUGGGGCUGAACCGCAGCCUGCCCGCUGUGGCCCGGCGCUUCACCAGCCACCUCCUGCCCUACAGCUACACCGACGGCUCCCUGCGCCCCAUCAUCUGGUGGGCUCCUGACCUCCAGCACCUGGAGGAUGCCAACAACGACCAGAAUUCCUGUGCCUUGGGGUGGCUGCAGUAUCAGGAUAUGCUGCAGCCCCACAGACUGACGUUGAUGGCUGGGGAUGCCCCCUGCUCCAGAAUCCCACACGGCGAGUGGAGCCGCCUGGCCCUCUUUGACUUUCUUCUCCAGGUUCAUGACCGCCUGGACCGCUACUGCUGUGGGUUUCAGCCUGAUCCCUCUGAGCCCUGCAUGGAGGAGAUGCUCCACGAGAAGUGCCGGAACCCAGAAGAGCUGGUCCUGGUCCACAUCCUGGUCCGGAGGAGCGCGCCAUCCCGCCUGGUGUUCAUCGACAACGCGGGCAGGCCACAGCACCCUGAGGAGAAGCUCAACUUCAGGCUCCUUCAAGGCAUAGACAGCUUUCCAGCGGCGGCAGUGGCCACGCUGCGAUCAGGCAGACUGCAGAGCCUGCUGCUGGAGUCACUCCGUGUGGACCGGGAGCUCUGGGAGAGCCAGGGCGGUGCCAAGGGCCUGAUACCCCUGCUUCAGACCAUUGACAGGCGGGCACGGAUCCUGCUCAGGUACAUCCGAGAGCACAACCUGACAGUGUUCGAGGACUUGCCAUGGUGAACUGACCUCCAGUCAGCACAGAGUUCCUGCCUGGCAAAUCCCAACAGCAACAGAUGUACCUCACGCCCUCAGCAUGGGUGAUAUGAGACUGCUUGGCUCUCCACAAGGUGUUUCCCUCCACCUUGUAGAAUGCUCUGGAAAAGCAGAUGGGAUCACAGGGAGUAGGAAAGACAAGGAGGAGAUGUCUCCUGAGACAAUCCACAACUGCUUGAGAAAGGCAACAGUCAUCAAGUCAUGGUCUCAGCAUGGAUUUUCAAAGGAGGGGCAUAUCCAUGAGAUUUUUGAGUGCCUUCUUCACACAUACACACACACACACGUGCACGCACACAAACACACACACACACAGCUACUAUAAAAACUGGAGGCUCGGACAACUGAACAUGGACUCUGGUAAGGGUUAAAAAGCAGUGGAAGAAGUCACUGACAGCCUUUCCAUGCUUGUACUGGACUUUUUGAUGAUGCUUUCCGAAACAUCCCAGUCAGAGAGGCAAGGGGAAACCAGCGGUGAACUUUCUAAGUGGAUUAAGCAGGGACAAGAUGCUAGAGCUGAGUUCUGCCUGGCACUCCCAUGGAGGGGAUCAUGUGUGCUUGGGAGCACGUGUAAGCCACUGCUUGAAGCUGGGGCUAGGCAGGACCUGGGUCUGCAGGAGCACUGGACAGCAACA